AUGAAGCACAACAACGUUCUGCCCAACCAGCACUUCCGCAAGGACUGGCAGCUCCACGUCCGCACGUGGUUCGAUCAGCCCGGAAAGAAGAAGUCCCGCCGUGUGCAGAGGAUUAAGAAGGCCGCCCUUUUGGCUCCUCGCCCCGUCGACGGUCUCCUCCGCCCCGCCGUCCGUGGCCAGACUGUCAAGUACAACAUGAAGCUGAGGGCUGGCCGUGGUUUCACCCUCGAGGAGUUGAAGGCCGCCGGUGUCCGCCGAAAGGAGGCUCGCUCCAUCGGCAUUGCGGUCGACCAUCGUCGUAAAAACCGCUCUACCGAAGGUCUCGAGGCCAACGUUCAGCGUCUGAAGGAGUACCACGCCCGCUUGAUUGUGUUCCCCAAGAAAGCGAACAAGCCCAAGAAAGGUGACUCUGACGCCGCCGCCACCGGUGCCGCCACUCAACUUAGUGGAGCCAUCCUCCCCAUCGUUCAGCUCGCCAACACUGACGUUGAGCGUCCCCUCGGGGACAAGCCAAAGGUCCACGCUUACGCCGCUCUUCGCAAGGCUCGCUCUGACAAGAAGCUCAAGGGUGUCAGGGAAGCUCGUGCGAAGAAGGCUGAGGAGGAGGAGAAGGCCAAGAAAUAG